ACCUGUAAACACUGCUAAGUUUAAGAUAAACUUUAUAAGCUAUACACCUAUACACCGCUUGUCGGGCUUUGCUUUUGAAGUGUUUCAAGUUAAAUAGAUCGAAGGAAAAUCAGUGACGAAACUAUUACUCUAAAAUAAAAGAAGGGUUUCCUUUAGUAAACGGUAUAGGUUGGCGAAGUCGUCAUCGAUGUUUGUCGACUUGCGGUGAAAAAUUGUGGCUUACAUCGCCCAGCUAGUGGAAAUUUACUCAGUUCAAGCAGCUAACUAAGGUAUGUUUGUUUAAACAAGAUGAGCUAAUUGUAAACCAUUUGAAAUGAUCGUUUAAUAUUUUCCCAUAAAUCCUAGCAUAUUAAUAAGUUCUGUAUACUAGCUGGGUUAAAAUGUAACAUAUUAACGUUAUAUAUUAUAUAUUAUAUUCGCUUUUAAGAUUCGCCGAAUUCAGAGCAAGCCAGUUACAUAUUAGUCAAGCUAACAUCCUUCCUACGUUAACUACUGUAGAUCUACAUGUUAUAUAUGUCUCUAAACUAGAGUUUCUAUCGAGCCGAUUCCUAAGGCUAUAAUAUAGAUCGAUAUGCUCAUACAUUUUGGCAAGUACACUUUCACAAUAUAUAUAGUAUUAAGAGGCUAAUAACGGAUCCCCUAUGAUUUUUCAUAAACUUUUUAUCUUAUGUUUCGUAAUAACAAAAACAUAUCAUGUUACAAUCUUGAAUUACUAUAUUUAAACAUGACAAAUAUUUGAUAUUUUAUACCGAUAUGAGAUAUUUCAUUGAAAAUUUAUUUAUUUCAAAAUGAAAUGGCUGUCGCACUAGCCAAGCGCAAACGAGAAGUCACAAUAAGAACAAGGACAAAGUCACAAAGCCAAUUUUUUCCCUUUAAUGUCGUUGUCUCAGGACCUCUCAGAUAUUUCACACAGACUCUGCCUUGCUAUAGUACCAAUUGUAUUAUUUCUUAUUCAACACACUUCUUUGACAUGUGCAAUUCUUUGUCUCUCGUUUUUUUAAGAGCUGGUGCUUUAGAAGCAAUCAUAAAGGCAACUGUCGAUAUACCCAUAAAUGGACAAUUGCUUGAAGUUACUUUCAAAUUACUAAAUUGUGGUUAGGUUUAAAAUAAGAGUCGGAGUAUAUGCGUACAUGAAAAAUGCAUGUACUCGAUAUUUUAAAAUUCAGAUGCUCAUUUCAACUGACAUGAAUACUGCAUGAAAUGCCAUUAUUUGAAUGUUAGUGAGUCUAUAGUAUAAAGUAUAUUGUUUGAAUGAAAUUAUAAGGCACUUUUACUUUAUAAACAUUAAAGAAUUAGUGUAAUUUGAAACUAAAUUUCAUUGUAAAAAAGCUUUAGCUCAGCAGGUAUAUCAAAAACAAAAUAGCGUUAUUAGCAAUUCAUAUCUGCAACAAAACGGAUGGCAGCGACAUGUUGCUCUUACCAUAAUCCUUUGCAAACUUUCUCAUUUUCAUUUACUGAUUGUCAAGAAUCUCUAAAUAUAUAUAACAAUUUCAUCAUCAAUUGCCUCCAACCGUGUGUCAAUAUAGGCUUGUAAAUUACAAACAUUGAACAAUACAAUCAUAGUUUAUGAGAAACAUCGAUAUUCUUUUAUAAUUUUGUUUAUGAAAGCAGAAACAAUAAAAUGAAUAAAAUUUUAAAAAUUUACAGGCGAGUUUACUCAUUACUCAAAUGUGAACCAUGAAGUAAACAAAUGAUUUUUUGGCAUGGCCGCCUCACAAUGAAUGUGCUUGUUAUAAUUUGAAGAAGCAGCUUGUUUGCAUUUAACAAUAUCAAGGAUAUCCUUGCUUGGCUGCUUUGUCUCUUGUCUAAGUAGUUGUAGUGGCACCAAUAUAAUUUAUGCAUAUAUAUGCAUCUUUAGUUCAUAAUGUAUACUUAUAUCAUAUGUGUAUUUUAAAUCUUUCUGGUACACAAUUCACAAAUAUUUGUUAGAUAUAUUUCCUUUUGGUCAGUAAUUAUUACUUUACAAUGGCUGAAUGAUAACGUUAUUAUUUGAUAAUAAGAGAAACAAUAGUUAUUGAAACUAGAAAAUAGAACUUUAUGGCCAUUCACGUUGACUGUUUUAAUACUUCUACAGUUUCCCUAUACAUAUAUUUUCUGCCAUACAAAAUAUUGUAAAUACAUAAAAUAUUUCCUUUUGUUCAUUGUUUCGGGGAGAAAUAAUAUUAUUAUUGUUGUUUGAUCAUUAUGAAAAGACCAAUUAUAAUAAUAAUAAUAAUUGAAAAAAGUCAUCAUAUUAUUAUACCACAGCCUUGUGGCAUAUUGGCUGUCUGGUAAAUAUAGCUUCUUUGUCUCUGCCAUUCCCUAACUAUUGACUGACGUAAAUAAUAUUACUGUAUUUCCGCUCGAUUUUUAAAAAUACUAAACUCUCAUCUUGGCUUUUACAGAAACACUGAAAAGUUCAAAGAAUCAUGAAUUUGUGGAUUUUUGCAAUUUUUUGUUCCUCAUUUUUUCAACUCGCAAUUUGUGCAGAAGAAGGUAAAUAUCAUCUACAUGUAUAUUCCAAACCCAAAAUUGUAAUCAGGUCAAUAUAUUCAAAGUUGAAGCCCGUUACAGACGAGAAAGUUUUUUUAUGGCAAGUUGUAUUUGUCAUUUGCAUGCAUGUGUACACGUACGACAAAUUUUCAGUCUAUGACAAGUUUUUGGUUUUCUAACCUCCACGAAUCCACGAUAGCUGUUUUUAGCUAUUACAACAAUGGAUGGCCGACCAACCGCAUGCAAGCGCUGAAAUUACUUACUUUGUCAAAUUUUCUUUGUUCGACCCAGCCGUGCAAACGUUGACGUCAGCAUGGCGUUUAACUAAGUUCCCAUAUACAUAGUUAAAACUGGCAAAGUUGCCUAUACAGACGGGCAAAUAGAACUUCUCAUAUGAAACCCGUCAUAGAAAACUUUUCUAUAGAGUUGUAAACCUAUAUCAUAUGUAAUUUUUAAACUUGCCUCAAUUCACAUGAUUCUGAUGAUAGAACUAUAGUAUUAGUCAAGAAAAAAAUCAAUCUUUGUUCAUAAUUUAUUUAUUGAACGUUCUCUGACUAAAUAUUUAUUUCUACGAGCUUUCGGCUAUCAGUCUAUAGCCUUCGACGGGUGUAUACAAAGGCUAUAGACUGAUAGCCGAAAGCUCGUAGAAAUAAAUAUUUAGUCAGAGAACGUUCAAUAAAUAAAUUAUGUUUCAACCUGGCUACGCAUCCUCUAUUUUUUCAAUCUUUGUUCAAUUUGAAUUUUUAUUUUUGUUCACUUUAGUUAUCAAAGAUACAACAUUUGUUGAUUUCGGGGUCAAAGAUUCAUACAUUGUAUAUGGGAAAGGACAACAGGUAUAAAACUUAAUUCUGUGUUAAGGUGGCCAAGAAGUGUGAGGGGCGAGGUGUAAUCCUAAUUUCCCAGCCAAAACUACAUAUCCCAGUCAUCCAAUCUACUGAUUUCCAACUUCCAUUUCCACCAGCAAAAUUGCUGUGGCGCAAAUCCCAUUCUGAAGCGGUUCAAUUCCAUUUUCCAGUGAAAAAAUUGGCAAAUCCCAGCUUCACCUCUUCGCUACUCUCUAUUAAUAACUACGAUGUAUAACAUAUUUCAAUAUUUUCCAUGCUAUACUAACUCGAAUCCUCAGAGCCCAUUCCUUGUGCUUGUUGAGACUGACGAAAACUUUUUUCAAUAGUUUAAAAUGGAAGGGGUUGGCUAUCGCACAUGUUCUGGCGGAAUAGAAAAUGAAGUAUGGCUAGUCGCAAACACCUUAAACGUUAACCAAACCAUAUACGAUGUUAAACUUCAUAUCGAAAUUGAAUCACAAAUGGAGAAAUGUGAGAACCGACAAGGUACUUGUUUCAAAGAUGGAUUUGAACUUUUCACAUAUAACGGUGAAGGCGAGCCUAAAGUUCCAUUUAAUAAAAAUCCAGGAGUUAACGUUGAAAAGGAAAAGGAAAAAGCAAGGGAAUUCUUUCACAAUAACUUUACAUAUCUCGGUAACAUUACUGGAAACGCUACAAGUAAAGAGCUAGUGAAUACGUCAUUUACCUUAAAUCUUAAAGAAUUUCGUGAAAUUACGUUUGGUAUUAAAUCUAGAGGGGGUUGUGGCAAAGUCAAUCGGAUGAAAGUCUACUACUAUGUUUGUGAUCAGACAUUUAUAAAGAGUGUCAUGUUUAAGAAGACAUCAGCACCUCAAAAUGGAACCACAGAAGUGGUUGGUAAUUGCUCCGCCAACACAGUUCCGGUUUCAAGUAUGGGUAACUUGAGAGCAUAUUGCCACAGUAAUGGAUCUUGGAGUACAGAAGAGGAUAGGGAUAUAGUGUGCAUGUGUGUUAAAGGAUAUGAACCUACAACUAAUCAUGGAUGUUCUGGUAUGUUUUAAAAUAUAUAGUUAAUAUGUAGUCGCAGUGUACUCCACAUGUAGAUAAGCUGUGAAUAUUUCAUUAAAAUGUCGUGAAUAUUUAAUUAUAAACCGAUGGACGUACGGUUUUAAAGUAUAGUCUAAUUAUAAGAAGCUCUUCUUUUUAAAGCAACUAUACUAUUAUAUUUAGCAUGUCAAAGUGGCUUGUACAAGCCGUCGGAUUCAAACAAGGAUUGUAUGAAGUGCCCUAAGAACACAAUCAACAACACGAACAGAACAACUUGCGUUUGUAUAAGUGGAUAUUACGAACUUCCAAGUGAUAUUAAAUCUGAAAAUCCACCACUCUGCUACGGUAGGAUAUAAACAAAUAAUUUACUUAUAUUUGGGGGAAUAGAUAAAUACGUAAUUAGUAUAGGGUCGGGCGGUUCAGGGUAAAAACCGAAAACCGUCUAGAAAAACCCCGAAAAAAACGAUGUUUUUUAAUGAAAAUUUCUUUAUGAAAAUUUAAAGGAAAUUUCAUAAAAUAGUGGAAACACUGGGUAAAAAAAAUAUUGCGAAUUACGAAUAUUUCGGUCUUAUUUUCGCUUUUACACAUAUCUGAAAUAAGCAAGGGUACAGAAUAUGAAUUGUUUGUAAGCCACCGCUAUACGCCAGAAAUCCGCCUUCUUUUCACGCGUGUGAUCCGCUUGAAUCGGUUUUUUCGGUUUUAUCAAUAAACCGCCCGACCCUAUAAGUAGUUUGACAGCACAAUGUGUUAUCACAUUAUUUUUUUUUGAAAUCUAACAUACCCUGGACCUCUCUCAGAAGAAUCCCAAGAUCAGUUAUUUUUGUUGGCAAUUAAAUUUUUCAUAGUCCCACUAAAACCUAUAUUGUGCAAUUUCAUGUAAAGCAAUUCAUCUAAGAUAAAUCAGUUUUGGUAAUAUUUCUAUAACUUAUAGUUGUGUACUAUCUUUCAGCUCCAAUAAAGAUCGAAAGUAAACCGACGGUUGAUAAACAACUCGACGACGACAACAGUGUAAACAUUACUUGGUCUCCACUAGUAAAUAAGAGUGGAAUUCCAAACGAAGUCAUCGUUUAUGACAUACUCUGCUAUAUUUGCAUUGAGUCUGUUUGUAACAAGAGCUGUGAAGAUUUGACGUACAUUCCCAAUCAGUAUAACGUUACCAGAACGUCUGUUCGUGUAUCUGGGUUGGUUCCUGGUCAAAGUUAUAAGUUUAGAAUUUUCCCCAAGAACAAUUUGAAUUACAGAAUUCCAAAAGAAGAUUGGAAUUUUAUCGAAAGUGAACCAUACACUUUUCAAUCGAAAGGUAAUAUUCUUUUGUCGUGUUAUUUAUGUAUUAUUUCACCCAUAUAAAAUAUCAUUGUAAAAUGGUAUAAUUAUCGUAAAAUAUAAUGGUAACAAAUUCUGACGGUUUGUUUGGAUCUUAACUCGUCUUCAAUCGCCUAACCUCGCAUUAUCUUGCGGCAAGUUUAGGCCAGUUACCACCCCAGAGUAGGCCUUCAUUUCCAUGAUGGCAAUUGUUGUGACAACCGUGACUUUAACUAGAAUAAAUUUAACAUUUCUUUCAGACAAUAUGAAAGAAUCCAAAGGAGAAAAAUCUAAUCUUACUUAUUUGGUUGUAAUUGUUAGCGUGGGUUGUUUAACUCUUCUUCUCGUUUUCUUCUUAAUUGCUUUCUUCCUGAGGUAAAUAUUGAAUGCAUGAGUCUCAUAAUACAUGUGCCCAACAAGAUGAAUUUUCUUUGUAUACUUUACCUUGUAAAUAUAUUAAGAAGUUCAAUAUUCAUAUUUCAGAAAGCGAAAAGAAAAGAAAAGCCUAUUCCCUGGACUCAUAACCAACGGAGGUAGGUAAUUUGAGUGUUCAGCUCACUUUCUAUAUAAAAAUGAUCACGAUCGUAGUUUCAAACUUUCUACAAAAAUUAUUUAAGGACAGUAGAUGAAUUACGAAUGUUCCGAGUAUAUGUAAUACUAAUGUAUCUUCAUCUGAACGUUGUUAACUCCUCCGCAUUCGUUCACAUACCAGAGAAAGAAAAACGCACCUAAAAUCGCAACACAAAUUGCAAGUGUAAACGGACCUUGAAAAAACAGAACCUUUGACAAGCACCUCCAUAAAAAGUUGCAACUGCCGCAGGUCGUCUUGCAAAUUUCUAUUAUUACAGGCAAACUACGUCAAGCGUUGCUUUACUGAGUUCCUAAUUUUAUUGUAAUUUACAUUUGCAAACUUGAAAAACUUCCCUCCCAAUUCGAUUUGAUUAUAUCGUAAGAAUUUUCUUGGUCGCCGACUUAUUCGCUUUUACGUAAUUCAGUUCUUGACGUAGACUUGUUUCGUGACUGCCCAUAUCACAAAAAUUAAAAUAAUCUAAAGUUCUUUGAUUGAAGUAUAACAAUAAAGUUCGUUUUGUGUUUGCCCAAGUCGCAUGUUUUCAAAACCAAGUUACUUUUCUUUUCUGUUCAAUUUUUCCAAAAUCUGCCAUUUACGUUUUUGAAAGAUCAGUUUGUAUUGUGGGUUAUGCGCAAAUCGAACUUUACCUCGACUAUAGUUUAUAGUGUAAUGUAAAUAUAAUUGCAUGUAAAGUUUAUAAGGGGGGUGCUUCGCAUGGGCUUUUCCUGACCCGUUCGCACUUUCCCUAUUUAUUGUUAUUGUUAAUAUUCAAUAAAGUUAUAAAGAUGAUUGAGGUGACGAGGACUCAAACAAAGAGAAUAUGGAGUUGAUAAGCAUGAUAAAUCUCUUUGACCAGAUUUCAGAUUUCUUCCAAAGCCAGUAGAAAAAAUCUGUGAAAGAUUUCGAAGAAACAGUUGUCAAAGAAGUACUUGUAGAGAAGAAGCAACAAAUUACGAAAAUGAAGUUGACUCUCAAAUUUCCUAGUUAUUCCUAAAAAGAAAUUAAGUCCACUACUUUUUCAUAGUUGAGUUGCCAACAAGGGGUAAGAAGACAUACGUGGACCCCACAAAUUACGAUCGACCUGAAGAUGCUAUCUGUGAGUUUGCAACAGAAAUCGAUGCCUCUCGUUUGUAUCUGGAGAUGCUUAUUGGUGGAGGUAAGAAUGUACUUUCUUUAGGUAUUUAUGAUAUAUGAAACAGUUUUUUGUGCUUGUUUAUUUUUAAUUUUGUUCUAGUUGUUUUCGUUUGUUUGUCUGUUGUAACAAACGUUCCCAUCUCCGAGAAUUGUUAAUUAUAAAAUCAGUUUCAUCAUCAUCUUAAUUGAUGAAAGAAUGCAGCCAACAAAUAAAAUGAAAACGAACUGAAUUCAAACAACGAAAUUCAAUUUGUGAUCAGGCAAUACAUAUAUAUAUAUUUAGUUGAAACAUGCAGGCAAUCUGAUAAUACAUUUGUGGUUUGUUUGAACAAUUAUAAUUUUUAAAAUAUUACAUAUAAUGAAUUUGGUGGACUCAACUCCAUAAAAUCCUAACUCCUAAUCUCAGCCCUUAUCCUAACCCCUACGCUAGCCUAUUACACAAUAUUUAUAUACAUUCCAAUCCAAUCCUGAAUUGUAAAUAUGGUUUUAUCGCCCUAACUGCUGUUUUCCUGGUGUUCAAUAUCAAAAUUAUGGGCUACAUUCCUUUGGGCUACAUAAAGUACUAAGUGCUGGAUAAUUUGGAUAAGCCUUAAUUUAAGGAUGCUUAUCAUAUUGUUAUGCAGGUGAAUUUGGUGAUGUUUACAAGGGCUCAAUGACUGAUGCAGACGGAAAAAAGCAUCCAAUUGCAGUAAAAACACUGAAGGUAAGUGGCAUGCAUGAAGACAACGUUUCAUAGUUUUUUUAUAUUUGGUUAAUAAUUCAGAAAAGAAUUAUUUAAGAACUGUAGAAACCUACUGUAUAUAUGAUUUUUGUGUUACUAUAAUGGUGCGAUAUAUUUAAUAUGUUUAGAAAGAUGCUACUGCAAAGAGUGAAAAAGAUUUUCUAAUGGAGGCAUCGGUGAUGGGUCAAUUUGAUUGUCCAAAUGUUAUCAAACUUGAAGGCGUUGUCACUAAAUGUAAGCAUGGAGCAACUUUUAUAUAAUUCAAUUAGAUCAACAGUAGUUGAUGCCAAUUUCUUAUUAUACAAAAGUAACACAGGCAUCUGGUAUAGUUAUUGACAGAUAAUCGUAUCGGCAUCGGGCCGAUUUCGUAAAAAAUCAACAUGAAUGACAUCACCUUUACUCAAUACUCAGUCAACUGAUAUUAUGACGUCAUUAUAAAAUCGCAUCAGUAUUGGGUAGAUUUUGACAUGAAUAAUAGGUAAUCGGUAAUUUCCGAUUGUUGCAGGGUCGGUCAAUCACUAAUCUGGUAUAUGUGCGAACACAUAAAAAAUUUGUGCCGGGUUCACACGGGAGUCCACAAAUGUUAACAACCACACCAUACAAUGCAUAUUUACAAUUCUAAUUGCCCAUUUUCAAAAUUAGAGUUGAGUAUAAAUUGACAUGUCAGUUUUAUGUCACAAAGUUCAAAUUGUUUACAACUUUCAGUUUUGUGAUUCGUUACUGAUGUAUAUGCUUGCGAUGACUAUGAAAGACCAGUGGCAUAGCCAACCCGACAAUUUAGUCCUGCUAUGCAAAUUCAAAAUUAUUAUCAUUAUUCAUUUCUUUAGAAAUUGAUUGUUUUCACAGUCAAUGAAUACGAUAAUAUUUGCAUAGCGGGACUAAAUCGUCGGGCUGGCUACGCUACUGUGAAAGACAGAAUGACUGCGGAAUGGCAUGCGUUAUGAGUUGUGGAAUGAAAAAUGACAUCAAGUACUAUGUAAACAAACCACUUUAUCUAAUAACACAGGCUCCAUAAAAAUCGGUAUUAAAAGGCAGAAUGAGUUUGGGAAUGGAAAAUUAAAUGAACUAUGAAGUAUCCACUAAGAUUCACUAUUACACUAUUAAAUAUGUCUUUAUCUAAUAACACUGGCCCAAAUUUUUUUUACUGUAUAUAUUAAAAUACAAUGUUUUAAUUAUGAUAUUAAAAUCAUAUAAAGUAUUUUUAUAGUAUCUUAUAAAGGUGAAUUUUGACACUAAAUACAAUACUAAAAUAGGGCUCUGGUGUGCUGUUUUAGAACUAUAUUGUGUUGAAAUAAGUUUGAAUACAAAUGAAUAUUUGAAUAUUAUAAAAUAUAUACAUUUACAGACAUAAAUAUUUAUGCAAACUUACCAUGUUUUAUGUUGGUCAAGAAACACGAGGCAUCGAGGAGAUAUUUUAUGGAGCCCGCGUUAUUAGAAAAAGCGGUUUAUUUAUUCUGUACUUGAUGUAAUUUUUCACUCCCCGACUCAUUCCGCCUGGGAACGAGGUUGAUUCCGCCUUUUAUAGUCACCGAUAUAUGCUUGGCAUGCAUUUUUUUUUAAAGACCCUUUAAAAGUUAAAAAAGAUUUUCAAGAUAUUUUAGUGACCAUUAUUGCAAAAUUUUAGCAAAACAGAAUAGAAUCAAUUAAAUUAAAUUACCGCUAUAAUCAGGCGCAAAGAUUUGUCAAAAUCCAGUAACUCAUGGCACGCUCGCAUAUACCAAAAUCCGGUAUAGUGCUCUUGAUAUACUAAAACAAUACAUUCUCCUUCAUUCGCACAUGACAUAGUUAUUAAUUUGUAAAAUGUAUAUCAUACGGUUAUCCCUGAAUCUAUAUGAUGUAUAUCAUCAUUCAAACACGUUGAGAAUUUGACCCUCGCCUUACCCCACCAGGCACCUCCCACUCUAUCCCAUUCUGGAGGUGAUGGAAAUCUCCCCUCAGGUCCUCAGGAGGAAACCUCCCGCGAACCGAAGGACAGAGUUUGUACAUCCGAUACGACAUGGAGGCGAAUGUUGUAAGUGGCUUGUGAAACGUCAUGAUAAGAAUGAUUCGUAUUCUUCAGCAAUUUAAAAUCUGAAGUGAAUGAAAUUUCGGAGAAAAUUGAAAUUAAAAUUAUGUAAAUCAACAUGAUUCUUGUAUCAGAUAUACUAACUCCUUCACGCGCUCAUGAUUUCUUUUGUGUUUUCCACAUAAACUAUUCAGUAUUGAGUUUCACAAUUAUAAUUGGUGCAUUUUAAUGUCUACAGUCCGACCAUGGAUGAUUAUAAUCGAGUUUAUGUCCAAUGGAUCUUUGGAUCACUUUCUUAAGGUAUAUAUAAAUAUAAUAUUCUUAGUAGAGAGUACAGAUAAAUGAGGACAAAAUUAUGAAUGAGGACAAAAAAUUCAAUAAGAGUAAUAAUGAUAAUAAUUUCGGCGAAUCCAACUUGUUAGCAAAGGAUCUUCAGUAAAAAUAUAUCAAUUAAACUUAAUUUAUUUCGGCAGGCGAACGACGGAAGACUAUCGCACCUAGAAUUGAUUACCAUGGCUAAAGGAGUUGCUGUGGGCAUGGAGUAUCUUGCUACGAUGAAAUUUGUUCAUAGGGUACGCAUACACGAUAAUCGAUAUAUACUCACUAACUUGAUAAUCGUUAUAUACUCACUAACUUUUAUUCAUUGUAUUUGUUUUUAUUGUUAGUUCUAUUGAUUAUAUAUUACGUGUAUUUAAUUAUUUGUUGUCCAGGUUCAUAUACAUUUUUCCUUCGUCAUAUUUAAUUGGGGGGAGUGAAUAGGUUUUCGGAUCUUCGGAUUUCACAGAAAAAAUUGUUCGGAUUUCGGAUCUGGCGAAUAUUGUCAAUAUUUUACACGGAUUUGCCGAUCUUAUUAAUACAGCGGAUUGCGGAUUUAUCUAAUAUUUUGGCUCGGAUUGUGGAUUUAGCUUGCAAUUUAGUUCGGAUCCUGCAUUGUAACUUCAUAGUAGAGCUUUCAGCGGAUUCAAAUUUAGACAAGACAAUUGUCGCAUCGCGGAUUUUGCUUCAAAUUUGGGCGGAUCGGCGGACUUUUUAUUUUCUUUAUCUCCAUUUCUUAUCACAUAGCAAUUUGUUUGUUUGUUUGUUUGUUUGCUUGCUUGUUCGUUCGUUUGUUUGUUUGUACUAAGGGGCCUGAUAUGAGCUUGGCCAGCCGGAAUAAAUCGUGUCAGUGUCACGAAAUUUUUUCCUGUCCAUAAAGAUUGUUUGAUCAUCUUAUAUUGUUACUGGAAUCAAAUCAUUCGACUUUGAUGUUUAUCAAAACUGUGAUAAUUAAGAGUUUUUUUAAGUAAACGAAUCAUCCUUCUAAAUCGGGCCGGCUCCUGGCUCCAUAUGAACAGCUCUUCACUUUAACAAUCAAUUUUUACAAUCAACUUACGCCCUUGUAAUUAGUAUACUGACCAUCGUGUGGUUAUAUUUAUUGAUAUAAAUAAUUUAUCCAUUUUCUAUCCUUAAUGAUACUAGGAUCUUGCCGCACGUAAUGUUUUGGUUGAUGGAAACUUGAUUUGUAAAGUUUGUGAUUUUGGCCUGUCACGUGAACUCGAAACGACCGAUUCAUCGCGUGGAGAAUAUGCCACCACCGGCGGAAAAAUCCCAAUACGAUGGACAGCUCCAGAGGCGACGAAAUAUCGUAAAUUUUCCUCAGCCAGUGAUGUUUGGAGUUUUGGUAUUUUACUCUGGGAGAUUAUGUCGUUUUCUGAAAGACCUUAUUGGGAAUGGGAUAACUUCAAGGUAAGCUAAGUGAAAUAGUAGAAAGGGCAUAUUCGCAAAAAAGACCACGACCACCACCAAACAAACUUUUGAAACUUGACAAGAUUGUAUGGGAAUCUUGUCCUGUAUUUCUAUCGCAUGAAUUAAAAAAAAAACAAAUUCAGACUAGAAUAACAGGGUUUUUACAAGGGUAGGACAAUUUCAAACAACUCUUUUACAAAAGCUGUACUUGUCAUGGCUUAUAAUGAUUUAUUGAUAAUUAUCAUAAUAUACUAAUUGUUUUCAUUUGUUAUAUAUAGGUAAUGGAAGAAGUAGAUAAAGGAUUUAGGCUUCCAGCUCCACUUGUAAGUAAUAAUUUGCUCCUUGUAUGCAGAGAUAGUAUAAUUAAUUAUCUAUAAGACUAUAUAACUUUUGUUAAAACACAGCAUAUAUUUAUUUGCAAAACUUUCGAUUCGUAAAGCCUGGUUUACAAUAUAAACGUUUCUUUGAUCCGGCAGCUAUGAUUUUAAAUGAAGUUUAACUUUCAGUUUAGAAGAGCAAAAGUAAAAAGUUGGUUUUUAUUUCCUUCAAACAAAAGAAUACUGCACAUCGUGAAUACGAUAUCGGUCUAUGUAUCAAUCCAGAUCGGUUGUGCAUUCCGGAUACCACAAAUUGCCCCAGGAUUAGGAUUCCGUAUUCCUCCAAUGUUUAAAUUCUGGAUUGCACUGUCUGGAUUUCAGAUUGCAAAGUUAUUAAAAGUCGGAUCAUUCUGGAUUCCUGGAUCACCUUCUGCAUUGCUGAAUGAAGCUUAGUGAAACAUCACUUGAAGCCGGCAUGGUUCUAUUAAGUACAUAGCAAUGAGGAAUUAUACAGGAUCUAACUCCAUGAAAAAAUUAUUUUAAUGACAAUUAAGUUGAUAUCAAUUUUGGCGUACUUUGUAAUCCUGUGAAAGCUGCAGUCUGACAGCCGAAUGCUCGAAUGUUAACAAAUUAUUUGUGCAGAGAACAACUGUUUUUCUAAUUACACUGGCGAAUUAUUAAAAACAAAUUUCUAUUCUAUAGAACUGUCCAAAAGGCGUCCACGACCUCAUGAUGGAGUGUUGGAAACAAGAUCGCGUCGUACGUCCAAAUUUCACCGAAAUAAAUGCCGUCAUUGAUGGUUGGAUCCAGGCCCCUAAAACGAUGGAAGGAGACGUCGAUCUGUGUGCCGCCCUGCGUGAAUGGCUUCAAUCGAUCAAAAUGGAAGAAUACGUGAAAAAUUUUACAGCAGCGGGAUAUCAGAGACCUUGUGAGCUAUACGGGAUCAAAGAAGACGAUCUGAAGGAGAUGGGAAUAAAUUUGGUCGGACAUCGUAACAAAAUAUUGAAAGGUAUCAGAAAUUUGCAGGGAAAGAAGAAGGGAGGAAAGCAAGCAUUGAAACGAGAGGUUUCACUAGAAGUUUAAGGUUUUGAAUUCUGACCGAAACCUUCUCUCAACAUUCUUCAAAUGAAGGUGAAUGAGUCGACGUUUGCCAGUUUCGAAAUAGUUGUUAUAAUUAUACCUUGGCUUUUUGCCAAGUUACCUCAUGGAUUGCCAGGCAAUGGAUCAGUACAUUGGGAUAAUAUACGGGAAAUUGUGCAGACUGAUACGUAUAGGAGAACUGAAUAAAUUUUAAACUAUAGAUAAUAGACUAUAGUAUCGCAGUCAGCGAAAGACAUUCGUCCUUGUUAACCUACUCCAGAACUUGUUUAUAAAUAGAACUUAGCUCUUAUUUGCCUGUCGAGUGAAGCCCUUUGCUAAUUAAAUAUUGUAUAUAUUUACUAUUUAGAGUGAAACAUAUCAUACACCAUAAUAAUAAAUAGUUGAAGAUUAAGAUAUUUAUCAAUAACAAUAACAAUAACAAUAACAAAGCCCUUAUAGUGUUAAAGCCCUUAAGCAUAAUAGUUAUUACAUGUUAUGAGUAAAUAGCCGAUACACUUUAACAAGUACAUAAUCCCAAGUCCAAAACUAUAACUCAGCAAAUAAGACAACCAAGAAGGCUAGCUUCUAUCUCGUACCAUGUAGCCAGGAUGCUGUUAUAAAAAAGUUGCGAAUUUCAUUUGUUAUUUCAAAAUAUACAUGUCAAUCUUAAAUCAUUAAUUCUUAUUGGUCCAGAAGAAUUAAAGGAGAGGAAUAGAAUUACCCCGGCUGGCCCGCCCAUUGCUUUUCGCUUAAGGAAAUCCAUUCUUGCCCUGAAAAAUGAAUAAAGAUUUGAAUCGUGGAUUAGUAAUGCAUG